AUGAUUGCUCAAGCUCAGGAAGAGCUGUUUGCUGCGCAUCUCAAACAACAAAAGAUCCACCAUGAUAAGCCUGUAGUUGAGGAAGACAACGAUGUGGAAGGGCUAGAAGGUGAUGCAUCUGUUAGGUCCAAACAAAUCAGAAGUGAAAAGAAGAGUUGCAAGGCAAUGCUUAACUUGGGACGAGACCUGCUGCUGGUGUCAGCCGUGUAA